UGAGUACCUCUGCACACGCGUCUCGUACGCAAGGAGACCCUCCACAAUGGAGCCACUACAAAGUGUGGAUUCCAACGUUGACACCCACAAACGCAAAGUAUCGCAAGUUUGCGCAGUGCAGUGCAGCAACACGAAGCGUUGGAGGCUCAGAUGCACGUAUCACCCACCGCCACAUGCCACGGGCAUUCGCAAGAACACCGCCUUCAGGUAUGAGACGAAGGCGGAAGCGCUCGGAGACGCGGACAACUGGACAAGGGAGCUGGAGAAGCCCAUGCGAAGGCGGAGCUUGUCGCCCAAGCACGCAAAAUAGCAACCAGGCGGGCGCGUUGCCUGCACGGUGGUGACAUGUGCAACAACACUAGCCGGCGUUCAUGCGUAUGGUUGGUGCGUGUUUUCCAUGACAAGUGUAGCUGUGUGAAAAAAUGGCAAGUUGCAGUACAACAGCAUCCAUGUGUAGACUAAAUAUGUAUGUACUGGUGAACCUCGGCACGAAUCCCGUUGUUUGCAUCGGACAAUCUUGAACAGUAGACGAGUUGUACAGCAUGCAGCAGUGCAGUACUACUUGUAUUGAUACAAAAUAGUAUAGUGUAUUGUACAACCCAUCUCUAUUGUGUACUUCUAUUAGAACACAGCAGUGCUCAGCAGCACGCAAGUGUACAUCCAAGAAGUACAAAGUGGUUAUACACGCCAGAUCCGAACUUGUGUUUACAACCUGUCUCUAUUUUAUUGAACGCACCAGGGCAUACAGCAGCAGCACGCAAUUGUACAAGAAAACAUUGUGUACAGGUCAGGCCCGAACUUGUAUACAUGCAACCCGUCUCAAAAAUAAGAUGCCCAACUCUUACAAGUCGCGUCCAGCAGCAACCGACACAAGGGCAUACCGCACCCACAGAUAAACACAGACACCAAGAUUGACUUUGAGGGGCUGUCGUAUUGCACGACGGGAGGCUGUGUGUUUUGCAGAGUACAAUGAUUGACAUUCACGUGUUAUUUUCAAUUUGAGUAACGGUCCUCUAGCAGGCGCUCUUUGUUUUUUCCUUCCAAGACACAGUCCUUGUAUCCAAGCUGUAUCGCACAGUUUCAUUAACAGCCAUACUAUCGCCGUCUGUUCCGGUCUGUCCUCCGUUAAAAUUACCCCCCACCAGUAUUACAGGCACGACGCCGAACUGCGAAGUCGCCAAGAAGUGUGCCAUCCAAAAACAAGCGGAAAGCGCCAGAGCUUUGAGGGGGUUGCAGCAGAAGGCCAGAAUUCUGAUGCGCCUACGCUGCAGCAGGUUGCGUAACGCCGGACUCGGGCACGGGGCGUUUGCUUACGUCAGGCGCGAUCGCAAAUCAGAACAGCGUAGAUACAUGGAGCGGCGGGUUGCAGAGUGCGACCAGGAGGCUGCUGCAAUGGACGCACAGGCCUUGGCUAUGUUCUCCACGCUAACGAAGGGGCAACACGUCACGCUGCUGGAGCCUCACGAGGAGCCACCCCCGGUGACUGAUGCACCCACGAGCGACAUCAGCGUGGCCGACCCUCCGGAGGUUCUCGAAGGGAUACAGGGGUAGGGCGGUAGGAGCAGGAAGGUUAUGUGUGUUAGGACCCCGGAUAACCGGUUGAUAUGUCUUUGAUUAUUUUGGAACAGUUCCUAUAGCCCAAUGCAUUGGUUGCACAGAGUACGGUUGUAUUUUUUUAUGAAGUGAUGGACUGGGUGCGUUUUUCAUGCAUGUCGAUCGGGUUAUCCCGUCUCGACAUGUUAUUCGUUCGGUGCGGUGUGACCCUCAGCGAACCGGUCCAUGCAUGUUGACAUGUUUGCGUUUUCGGUGCAUUAAUCAACAGUGUUUUAUCACCCAUUCAAGCUGGCACAAGGCCGCGCUGGGAUGAAAAAAAAACUCUCUUCGGAGCAGCACGGUCGGUGUUUCCGUCUAGUAGGUAGAUUCUCUUGCAGACCCCAACAUGCCGGUAACAUGGCUGUUUGUGAUCCUCCCUCUAACCAAAGAUACCGUUACAGUUCAAUGAAGCUUCGCAUGGAGUUUCGUCGACAUCUUCCAUAACCUGGCCUAAUACGGUCGAAAAAUGGUCGAUUUAUGACUUGCCGUCGGUGGGCCAAACUGCGUUGGAGAUAGCCUCUUUUGCGGGACCCCAAAAAUCUGUCCCAAUAGGUGAUUUUUUUUUUCUUGAUUCCACCUUACCUAUAUAUUCCAAAGACCGUGUCUAUGAAUUUUCAUGAACUAAUUCGAUAAACUGAUGAAAUGGGGUCGUUUGGGCGUCAAAAGAACCUGAAUUUCGCCGUUUCAUACUUUAAUCAAGUAUUUAUUGUUUGGGGAAAUCCAGGAUGCGAAAUACUUCAUGGCACAGGAGCUGAAAACUUCACGCCGUUUCUAUGAGUUAGACUCUGAAACUUUGCACACAUAUACCUUGGGUCAAUACGAAACGCUGCUUGGCGGGGCUUUUAUCAUUUCGUUCCAUGGUCGCCGGUUAUUCGGGGUCCCAGGAGCUGCACACGACCCCGACAUCUCUAGGACCCCGGAUAUCCGGCGACAGGAAAAAAAAAAAAAACUCCACUCAGCGUUUCGUAAUGACCCAAGGAAAAAAAUUGAAAAAGUGACCUCGGAUCUUCCUGAUGGAAAUUCGACUGACCGAUAAAAUUGCACGGAACGGUCCGAAAGCUCCCUAAAAGCACCUGACGCGCACGCGCGAGGGCGCCGCUUGUGUGUGUGCUCUGAUGUGCCCUGCUGUGGGACACAACACAACACCUUUGCGCGGUCCCACUCCAGAACACAUGCCUCAU